GUGCUACAGGGUGCUCAGCCAAUUCUGAUUUGUAGGUGAACGCUGAGUUUUCACACUUUUGACCUUUUUUCAAAGCUCAGAGAAGCAGAGAAAAGGCAUGGCCUCCAUCUACCAGCAGCCCACCCAGGUGGUGACAGUCACCAGCACUCAAAGCCCCGGGCACUGGAGCACCGGCCUCUGUGAAUGCUGCUCUGAUAUGGGCACCUGCUGCUGCGCCUAUUGGUGUUUCCCCUGCAUGCAGUGUGAUACAGCCAGUAAACAUGGAUGGUGCUGCUGCAUGCCGCUCCUGGACAUUUGCUGUGUGGUGUCCUGCUUACUCCGCAAGUCCAUCAGAGAGCGCUACAACAUCCCAGGCUCGUGCUGUGAUGACUGCUGUAAACUAUGUUGGUGUUACCCGUGUGUCUGGUGCCAGAUGCAUCGUGAGCUGAAGAUCAGAGAAACCCAGCAGCCUGUCACCUCGUCGGUGGUCACUGCACAGGCUCCGUGAACAGGAUGUAAUUGUUCUGGCUGUGGGAAU